AUGGCGGCAUCGGGAGGGCUCGAGCAGUGGCAGAAGGACGGGUUCUUCCAGGCGGCCGAGGAGGUGCAGGAGUCGGCGGACUUGAUGGAAUCUGUCUAUAGAACUUGGAUGCGUGAGCGAUGUAAUGGUUCUAGCUCAGAGGAGGUAGACAAUUUGCAAAGGGAGCUUCAGACAGCUUUAGGGACUGCAAAAUGGCAGUUGGAACAGUUUGAGAGGGCUGUAAGUUCAAGCAACGAUAAGUAUUCACUGGAAGAGGGUACAGUAGCAAGGCGUCGGCAGUUUGUUGUAGCCAUUGAGGAUCAAAUUUCUCGUGUAGAGAAAGACAUAAACGGUUCUUUAAUGGACAAUGGCACGCAAGGGCUCAAUUGGGUGAAGUUAGAUGAUGAGGAGCGAGAUGAUUUAGUCGCUUUCCUUUCAGCACCUGCAGACUUCUAUUCAGAAAUGAAGAGCACAGACAGCAGUAACCAUGUCCCAUCUAGACAAAAAAAUGUGCGAGUUGGCAUGAACGAUCAGAGUGAUCCAGCUUUAAUCAUUAAAGACAUAUAUGAAGUGCCACGCAGAGAAAUUUCUACUGUUAAGAGUGAUGUUUGUGGUCUAGCUGAGGAGUUACAUGGCCUUAGAAGAAAUUUGAGUGUAGGUAAUGAUCAUUGGAAGAUUGACAUUGGUAACGAGAUGGUUGAUGAUAGAAAAUCGUCCCCAAACGCAACUGGGGUUCAGGCUACAAGUCAGACUGCUUUAUCAAGCAUCCGGAGAAGCACAAAAUCUUUAACAAGAGUGACAUGGUUUUGGAAUAGCUUGUGGAAACCCAAGAGUGAUGAAAAUCGCUCAUUAAGAUAUGAUAUGUCAAAUAAUCUUGACCUCAGGUUUCUAUCCUUAUUAACACAGAGAUUUAAUGGGCUAGCCGAAAGAAGCAGAAAUUAUUUGACAAGUUGGAAGGAAAAUUCCAGAAUUUCUGGACGGACAGGUGGGCUUCAUAUACAAGGCCAACAACAGAACAUUCAAUUUGGUCGUUCUAUUCGGAUCACCCUCUUACUGGUGUUGAGCAUCUUUUUGAUUGGUCAGUGCCAAACUUAUCUAGCAUGA